AUGCAAAAACCUUCAAGUCUCAAGGGGCAAGCCAUUUUUAGCAAUCGGUUGCAUCAAUUUGGUUGUUAUGAUUGGCUCGAUGCCGCCGACGGGGACCUUUCAACAGCUGUUGUUGCAGUCACAACAGAGUCAGCUAUCACCGAUGCAUAUCCAGCAGUCCUGUUCACGGCCAGUAGAGUUUCAGCAAGCCGAUCGGUGGACAACACAAUCUGUGCAGUUGAAUCGGCACAGUCCCAUCGGCCGCCAAUAGAGUCUUAUGAGAUUCAGCUAUCAUCGACAUCAGUACAGCAGGAUAUUCAGUUGCCAUCCGGACUGAUCCAACGGGUUUGGUCACAAUCGAAGCAGCCUCAGCAAACUGAUCAAUCAGUUAUGCUAUUACAGUCCCAGCAGCUAACACAAUAUCUAGAAUUAGUUCAGCAGCAAUCCACGGCAAAGCUCCAACCAUCUUAUUCAUUACCGAUGGAGUCUCAAUCAAUUCAUGAGAUGUCACGGUCAGUCCAGUGCACAACAGCCAUUGGUUCGACUUCAGUAGAUUCAGCCAUCUCCAGUGCAAUCCAAGUGAACCGGUCCAUUUGUAGCACCGAUCCAACAACCACUGGAACAAUCUCAACAAGAGCAGCAAUCGGUUACACAAAUUCAGCAAAUGCAACCACUAUCAUUGGUAAAGUCAGAAUGGAUACGGUAAUUACGGGCGUUGCUCGAAGAGUUGCAAUCGCCAUCAAGAGUGUCUCGGCGAGUGUAACAAUUGGCAGUGAGAAACCAGUCAUCCUUAGUACAUUAUCAGCCGAUCUCACGAUUGUUGGAUCAAAAACUUCAACAAGAACCGACACAAUUGCAAGGAUUGGUGGAGUUGCCUUUGCCGAAUCUCCAGGGUUCUAA